AUGCGGACUGGUCUAUCCGCUACUCAGAUCGUAGGCGCCAGCCUAGUCGCAAGCCACUUCGCGAACGCAUUAUCGCCGCGCACGGAAAUCGACGAUUCUUAUGACUUUGUGAUUGUGGGAGGAGGUCAAGCUGGACUCGUGUUGGGCGCUCGUCUUUCGGAGGAUAAGAACCAUACCGUACUCGUUCUUGAGUCGGGCGGGAAUGGAGAUGAUUAUCGGAAGCGCAUAGAUACACCGGCAUAUGCUUAUUUCGAUUCAUUAUGGACGACUCCUUUGAAUUGGGACUUUUACACUGUUGCGCAGACUAAUGCAGACGACCGUGAGAUUGAGUGGCCUCGUGGGAAGGUCCUUGGAGGCAGCUCCGCCAUCAAUGGACUAUACAUGACCCGUCCGGGUGAAGACGAAAUCAAUGCUUGGAAAGACAUGCUCGGUGAUAUGGACGGAGCCGAUAACUGGUCGUGGGACUCAUUCUACGCUGCUAUGAAAAAAAGCGAGACUUUCUCUCCCCCGGUGGAUGAUGUAGUUCAAGAGGCUGGAAUCGUCUGGAAUGCAUCAAAUCAUGGCACCGGCGGGCCGAUCCAUACAUCAUACCCGGACUACACAUUCCCCGAAGUGGGCUACUGGUUAACGUCACUAGCGAACAUGGGGAUAGGUAUUUCUGCCAAUAUGUACGGAGGUGAGAACCUGGGCGCGGACGUCUCAACCUCAUGCAUCAACCCUUCGAAUUGGACGCGCUCCUACAGUCGUUCUGGGUAUCUCGAUCCGCUUCCAGACCGGGAUAACUACGAUGUAUUGGCGAAUGCGCAUGUGACUCGGCUUGUUUUCGACAAUUCUACUUCUUCCGACAAAACAGCGAGUGCUGUUGAGUACACGACUGAUGGCGGAGCAACGAAACUGAAGGUCAAGGUUAACAAGGAAGUCAUCCUAGCGGGUGGUUCUGUCGGCAGCCCGGCUGUAUUACUCUACAGCGGUGUCGGCCCGAAGGACGUCCUCUCUGCGGCUGGUGUUGACCUCGUAUCUGAACUUCCUGGUGUCGGCCAACACCUUCAAGACCAUUUUAGUGCUACGGUGAAAUGGAGCUCGAAUGUGGACACCGCAGGUUCUAUCUUUUACGACGGCGGCAAAGAUAGGAACAACCCCAAAUUCCUCACAUACAUUGAUUCUGCCGUUGCCUAUGUGAAUUCGACCGCUAUGUACGGCAGUAAAGUCAACGAAUAUGACUCGAAAUUCCUCGACUCAAUCGACCAGUAUUCACCGAACACUACUUACGACGACGGCGUGGUCACCGGCUACAAAGCAAUCUGCAACACGACAUCAAACAUCUUCAAAGGCCCGACAGGUCAAAUCGAGCUCCUGUUCAUGAACAGCGAUGGAAACGGUGAUAUCGGCAUCACAGCUGCCCUCCAACACCCAUUCAGCCACGGCCGUAUCUACAUCAACUCCUCAGACCCAAUGGACUACCCUGUAAUCGACCCGAACUAUCUGAAUAACCCAGCUGACUCCGAGAUCCUGCUCGCAGGUAUCAAACUCGCCCGCCAAAUCGGCGAAACCAGCCCAAUGAGCGGAAGCCUCACAAACGAGACCUCCCCAGGCUCAACCGUCCAGAGCGACGACGACUGGAUAGCAUGGCUACGCAAGGAAGCCGGCACAGAGUUCCACCCGUCCUCAUCUUGCGCGAUGCUGCCGGAGAAGCAGGGCGGUGUCGUCGACGCCAAUCUGCGCGUGUACGGUCUUGCUAACGUGCGCGUUGCGGAUGCCAGCGUCAUCCCCAUUGCCUUGUCCACGCACCUGAUGUCCUCGACAUAUGGUGUCGCUGAACAGGCGAGCGAUAUCAUUCGCGAAUAUUAUAACUCCGUAUCGGAGCCCGAGCCGGCUUUUAGUGGGGCUCAUGCCACAACUUCUAGUAGUGCCGUUGGCGCGAAGAAGAGUGAUAGUCAGAAGAGUAAUGGUGGUGUCGCUGCUAUUGGCGGCACUGCUUUGUCGCCCGUAUUGGCUCUUGUUCUUGUUUCUGUACAUGCUGUUCUUGUCUAUGGUCUAUAG